AUGUCGCUCAUACCAGUUAUCCUCGUGACUUUCUUCCUCGUCUUUUGCUGCGCGGCUGACCUGGAGUCGCUCUCUCCAUCUCCUUCGCUCACUACACCUUAUGUGUAUGUUGCCAGUACUUCGGUCGAUGACGAUGACGACGAUGAGAUCAACGCUUUGACUGUAGUCCCGGUCACACCCUCCAGUCUGCCUCAGACUGCAUCCAGCUCUAGCACCACCUCUGAGCCGGUGCCAUCCAGCUCAGCUGCGUUCGUUCAGGUAUCUCCGACUACUUCUACUCAUGUCGACUCAACUACCUCUCUGUUCGAGUCUUCCUCUGCAGCCACGCACUCGUUAUCUACAAGUGUCUCAUCAGACAGCACCGUGUUGCUGACUUCAACGACUACAACUACAACCACAACCACAAUGAUACCUUCAUCUUCAGCACCCUACUCGCCUCCCUCGAGUGCAGUUCCAAGCUCUCCUGCGACAAGUUCUUCCUCGCACAUCAGCUCCCAUGUUGUAACACCCUCAAUUAUCAUGCCAGGAGGUCCAAUGGAAGCCUCGUCGUCUCACGCACCUAUGCCAACAACCUCUUCUCACAUCACGCACGAGACGUCAUCUUCUGCUGCCAGAACGUCAAAAGCAUCUCCAUCACCCCAGGGGACAAUCACAUCAUCUAGUAAACUACUACAUUCCUCAACUAUUGCACCCGUAUCAUCAAGCGCUGCUCCAGAGAGCACUACAUCAUCCCACACCUCCGAGACAUCAACGUCCACCAGCUUCACGAUUGGGGUCAUCACGCCUCUCCCAGAAGCCAGUACCAGCUCUUCCUCAAUGCCCGAGAUGUCAUCCUCCACCACACACUCCAGCGAGAGCAAAACAACCACAGCUGAGGACACCUCAUCAACACCCACUGAAAGCCAGACAACGACGCCAACCCCCCACACAGCCAUACCCUUCAUCGGGGUGACCAUACCCACGACAAGCACAACAAAGACCACCCAGCCAGCAGACCCAGUGGACACAACGACCACAACCACCCCUACACCAGAAACAGAAGACACCACCACAACCACAUCCUCAGCCCCAACCCCAGUCGUCGUACUAGUCACACCCGAAGGAUCAACAACUGUCAUCGGAACCUCCUCCUUCAUACCCUCCAACCCAGAUACCACAUCCACAUCAACAACCAUGCAAACCAUCUACGUAGUAAUCACAGAUACACCCGCCCCCGAACAAACCUAUGAUUCAACCACCAUUGCGACUGCCAUCGUCACUGUCGUUGAUAAACCAACCCCAACAUCGGAAACUGUCCCUACUACCACCACAUCAACAACAUCUGAGGAAGGGAAAGUGUCGUCGACGACUCCGACUCCGACUCCGACUCCGACUCCGUUAGAUGCAGAGCAAACAUCAACGAAAUCUAGCGGAGAGGAUGUGUCCACGUCCACGGCUAUACCUACGAUAACAACAUCAUCUUCUCUGUCUAGUGAAACAGAUGAUGUUCUUAUGAUUGUGCCUGUGACGCUUACGGGUCCUGUUACUGUGACUGUUACGGUGACGGAGAAGGAGAAAGAGACGGUGACAAAGACGGAGACUGUUACGGAGAGGGUUACGGAGACGGAGAGUGUGACUACUUGAUUUGGUUGUUAUGUUAUGUUAUAUGAUAUGUAUUAGUUAGGAGGGAUGGUGGAUAUAAGUG